UCAUACUCUUAAUAAAUAUUUUUUGACUGAGUUUUGCGGGGGGUAUGCCCCAUUCUGAAGAAGUUGAUGAUUUUACUGUCUCACUUAUUUUUUCCUUCCAGAAUGCGUUCUGGGUGGGUUUCCUGGAUGGUGGUUCUGCAAGUGAGUGUAAUCAGGCUGGAUUCCUCCAUGACUCAAGGCAGAGACUCUCCAGAAGAUUUUGUGAUUCAGGCAAAGGCUGACUGUUACUUCACCAAUGGGACAGAGAAGGUGCAGUUUGUGGUGAGAUUCAUUUUUAACUUGGAAGAGUAUGCACGUUUCGACAGCGAUGUGGGAAUGUUUGUGGCAUUGACAGAGCUGGGGAAGCCUGAUGCUGAGCUGUGGAACAAUCGGCCGGAUAUAUUGGAGAGGAGUAAAGCUUCUGUGGAUGCACUCUGCAGACAUAACUACAAGCUGGGUGCACCCUUCACUGUGGGGAGAAAAGGUGAGGUGGAAGUGCAACCAGAGGUGGCGGUGUAUCCAGAGAGGACCCCAUCCCUGCAACACCACAAUCUGCUGCUUUGCUCUGUGACAGGUUUCUAUCCAGGGGACAUCAAGAUCACGUGGUUCCGGAAUGGGCAGCAGGAGAGAGUAGGGGUCAUGUCCACUGGCCUUAUCAGGAAUGGAGACUGGACCUUUCAGACAAUGGUGAUGCUGGAAAUGACUCCUGAACUUGGAGAUGUCUACACCUGCCUUGUUAAUCAUCCCAGCCUGCUGAGCCCUAUUUCUGUGGAGUGGAGAGCUCAGUCUGCAUAUUCUUGGAGAAAGAUGCUAAGUGGAAUUGCAGCCUUCCUGCUUGGGCUGAUCUUCCUUCUGGUGGGGACUGUCAUCUGCCUCAGGGCUCAGAAAGGGUAUGUGGAGACGCAGUUGUCUGGUGAUGAGGUAAUGUCUUCUUCCUUGUCUUUGGGUGGCCAAUUGUUGUCCCUGUGCUUUGGCCAGAGGGAGAGGUCUUGGGGAUAGGGUGUAAGGGUGGCUUUGGCUGGGUGGUGCUGGGUGCUGAGUCUCUGGAAUGGGAGGGUGGAGUCCCUCCUGAAACUCUGAUCACUAUUCCUGCAGGUCUCAAGAGCAGUUCCCUCACCAUAGCCACACUAAGGUCCCAAUCAGAGCUUCUUGCCCUGGAGGCUGAAAUAGUACCGAAUGACUUGAGUCCAAAUGACUAAGUAAAGGACUCUCAUGAGGUCCAUGUUCUGGAGCUACUUCCAUGAGUCCUUGGAGGAGUCCUGACUUGAUUCCAGAGUUCUGUUUUCUGAGAUCAUCUCUCAUUCGUCUGCCCUUCUUCCUCCUCCUUGCCUGUGCCAUUAGUCCCCAUUUCCAAGGAUAGUGUGCAGAAAUUCCCACCAAAGCUGACUCCCACCAGCCCCAACCUGCAUACCUCCUAUGGUCCAGCCCUAACCUUGUGAGUUAUCCUCAUGUCUUCCUGUUUCCAACUGCACUCUCCACUGUCUCCAGAAGACAAAUGCUCAGAGGCACUGUUUCCUUUUCACCGGUUUUUAUGACCUUUUUUAUUGUAAAAUAAAACUGAGGAACAGAUAACUAUACAAAAUGUAGAAUUUAAUGAAUUAUUUAAGGUCAAGAAAUAGAACUUUACCAGUCAGGGCAGGAGUCUCCCUGUGCCAUAGGCCAAUCAAUCCCCUCUCCCUCCUCUCAAAAGUAAUUAUAUUCUGGGAGGCCUGGGUGGCUCAGUCAGUUAAGUGUCAGGCUCUUGAUUUUGGCUUGGGUCAUGAUCUCACGGUUCAUGAGAUUGAGCCCUGCAUUGGGCUCUGUGCUGACAGUGCAGAGCUUGCUUGGGAUUCUCUCUCCCUCUCUGUGUUCCUCCCCUGCUUGUGCUCUCUCUCUUUCUCUCUCAAAAUAAAUAAACUUUAGAAAAAAGUAAUUGCAUUCUGUUAAUCACUUUUUAAAUUUUUUUUAAUGUUUAUUUAUUUUUGAGAGAGAGGGAGAAACAGAGUGUGAGCAGGGAAAGGGCAGAGAGGGAGGGAGACACAGAAUCUGAAGCAGGCUUCAGGCUCUAUGCUGUCAGCACAGAGCCUGAGGCAGGGCUCAAACCCAGGAAUCAGGAACCAUGAGAUCAUGACCUGAGCUGAAGUCAGACACUUAACCGACUGAGCCACCUAAGGGCUCCUUAAAUAUUUUUAAAAAAUGUUUAUUUAUUUUUGAGAGAGAGAGCACAAGCAGGGGAGGGGCAGAGAGAGAGAGAUAGAGAGAGCGAGCGAGAUUGAGAGGUAGACACAGAAUCUGAAGCAGGCUCCAGGCUCUGAGCUGUCAGUUCAGAGUCUGAUACGGGGUUCGAACCCAUGAACUGGGAGAUCAUGACCUGAGAUGAAGUCAGACACUUAACCGACUGAGCCACCCAGGUGCCCCAGCUUAGUUGUCUUUUAUGUCUCAUACUUUACUAUUUCUCCUCCAUCCCCUUUGCCCCCCUUAUGACUAAUACGUUGAAAAGCCUGAGACAUUUAACCUACAGAGUUUUCCAUAGUUUGGAUUUUACCAAUUGCAUGCAUCUGGUGCAGUUUAGCAUGUCCUUCUGUCCUCUGCAUUCCUGCAAGUUGGCAAAUGGAUGCAGAGGUUGGAUAAACAGGUUUAAUUUCUUUGAUGAGUCUGUAGGUGGAGGUGUGUUUUUUACCAUGAGGCCCAAACUGUCCAAUUGUGUCUCUUUUUAUGGUGCAUUCACCUUUGAUGCUCAUUGCCUAGGCCCUUGAAUUCACUUGAAUUCUACCAGUCCUUCUUUGUUUAUAUGCUUUAUUGCUUCUGUAAAGAGACAUUUCUCUUCAUUUACUGGUGGGUUGCUCAGUGAUACAGUGGAAAGAAAGGAUCAGUGUUUUAGUUCUUUUACUUUUUUAAUUUUCAAGUUACUGAAUUUGUUUCCUACUAUUACCCAAAGGUGGGCAAUUAGGUUCUACUUUUUAUUUUAUUUCUUGUAUCAUUAUAAACUCAAGGAUUUAAAUGUAUUUGAUGGAUUUUAACUCCUGGUGGUUUUUAGCCACGAGUUCAAUCAUAUCCUAGGUGCAUGGAAACUUCUUCAAGUGGCUCCUGAGUCCUUUUGACACAAGUCUUUUGAUCAUUUCUUUGUUAUCUGCAUGCCAAAAUGUUCCAGGUUUAUUCUGUAUGUUUCCCGCUCAGACCUGAAAUCAGCCAUUGUUUUAGAAAGCCCUGGAUUAUUUUAGUGGGAAAUGUCACUAAGACCGUAAGUGGGAGUUAGGAGUUCAUCACUAUAUCAGGUCUUUUUGGUGGAAGUACAAAUGUUUAUAUGUAACGUUCAUAUUUAUAGAAGCACAAAGUUUAUGUAUAUAAAAAUAAAAAAUUAAUCUCUUCUA